GGAGCGUUCGCCGCCGUGGAGGGCCCGCUCGCACCCGUCGCGGCCCCGCUCGCCGCCGCGGAGGGCGCACAGACCGCGCAGCAGGCCGUGGAGGGCCCGCUCGCACCCGUCGCGGCCCCGCUCGCCGCCGCGGAGGGCGCGCAGACCGCGCAGCAGGGAACGUUCGCCGCCGUGGAGGGCCCGCUCGCACCCGUCGCGGCCCCGCUCGCCGCCGCGGAGGGCGCACAGACCGCGCAGCAGGGCGCGCUCGCCGCCGCGGAGGGCUUGUUCGCCGCCGUCGCGGCCCUGCUCGCCGCCGUCGCAGCCACACUCGCCGCCACAGUGGGCGCCCAGCCCGCGCCGCAG